AGAACACCCAACGAUGUAGUUCAUUCAUAAGAUUACCGAAUUUAUUCUGUUCUACGGUCUAUAUCUUCGUAAGUAAUAUUCGCCAGUCUUGCGUAUCCCGCAGCUGCGAGCGAAUGACUAUCUGUAGUAUCCCUACUUGAUUGUGAUUCUUUUGCUUUGCAGACUGUUAAGACUAAAAAGGAGAUUUUGUAGCAAGAAAGAGAACAUCGAGGACGAUUACAACAAGAACACUAUGUUUUUCAAUCUGUUUGGCGGGAGCGGGUCCGCGGAACACGAUGCUCCACCCGAGAACAUUCAGGCAGAGGGAGAGGCGAACGAAGGGGCGAGCGACGUGAGUGGCGCAGAGGACGGGCUAGAGGCGGCGCUCGCAGCAGGACCCAUCGCGGCGGUCGACGGUGCGGUGGCCGCGUAUGGAAGUGUCAGGAUUGAAAUCGUCAAAGUUGAAAUAAUUUGUAAUGCAUAAAAUGCAUGGCCCGAGGUACGUGCGUUGCAGAGCAGGAAAGUGAGGCCGAUGGUAAGCCUGUUUGGGGUUACAGCUCGAGCUGCUUAAGUAGCAUGAGAAAAUCGCUCUCCUUUGCCUAAACAGCAUGACAAACCGGAUUUAGGGCCCACCGAAAUUUGUCAUGCGCCACUUGGAAACUGGGUUCCAACUGGCAUCCAUUUUAUGCAUGAAAAAUCAUUUCAACUUUGUCGAUUUCAACUCUGACACAUCCAUAUCGCGGUGGACACGGAUCAUGUGGUUGCUGACGAAGAUGAUGGCUCUAUCCUGAGGAAAAACCUCCUCACGAAAACCCCAUUGUUAUAGUAUAUUUGUCAUCCCGCUCUGCAUGCCUUGAUGUUGAUCUGAACUGGAAAUAGAAUACCAAUAGUACCUCUCAUGCGGGUUACCUGCAUGAGAUUGAGAGCGAGAGCCAAGGCAGCGAGCAGGCCUGUUUCGAAAAAAAUGCUGUGCGCAGUUGAUCAGAAGAACGAUGAAACAGGUAUUAAAUAAACAGUCGGUUUGUGACGCCAUUGCAUUAGCUAGGCGUGAUGACGCGGCGCAUUUUUCAAGGCUACACUUGUGUACUACAGCCCUUUGCUACAAUUACUGCGGCCGCAGAGUCUAUUUCUGCACAACGUCCUUCCAAACUUGUCCCGAAUAAAAGUUCUGGAUUCGCUCCCAAGAGCAGGAAACAAAGAAAGGGAAACUUCCCAACUUGCUUAUGUAGUUUGAUCUCGACUAUGGAGGAGCAAUGGCUACGUACGUAGUUUUUACUCAGGAUAAGGUUCGUCCUCUUUGCGGGUGACGGUGAUGGCGAUGGGGCCGACGGAGCGGCGGCAGCCGCCGCGGCCGGUUCGUACCGGGGGAUGCCGAGCAAAGGUGGCUACGGCAGCAUGUCGAUGGGCGGAAAAAUGGGCAGCAUGUCGAUGGGCGGAAAAAUGAUGGGUGGAAGAGGAUCCAUGAGCAUGGGCAGCAAGUUUGGAUCGAAGGGCGGGAAGUGGUCCGGUUCCAUGGGGAGCAAGGGCUCUAUGCAUUGCGAAUAUAAUUCUUGGGCCUGGAAAGUGAAGAAAGAAACACUUCCACAGCUGCGAAGUCAUGACCGCGGAAUCAGACAAAUGUUUGGGAUGAGUUGCACGAUGAGCGCGAAGACUAGCGCACUUUUUUCUACUGACACGCCGAGCUUCGCAUGCGGAAGUGGAAACAUUCAGACGCCAUCGACUUGUAAAAACGCUCCCGCCUCUGCGUGCAUUUUUCAUCUAUACGAUUACGACCUGCGUGACCCAAUAAAAACAAAACGAUGCUACAAGAGCAAGUACAGACAAACGCACUUUCCCAGAGCCCGAUAUAAUAUUUGUGAUGGAUAGGCUCGAUGAGAAUGAGCAAAGGCGGAAAGAUGAGUCGUGGGUCCAUGCGCAAUUACGAACGGGAAGGUCCUUGCUUUGGUAAGAAUUUUCUUCUUUCUUUACUCGCACUUGUUGCUCUUAAAGUACUUAGUCAAGCCUCCCCUUUGUUCUUUUCAACUACUGGCACCUGUUGGGAAAAUUUUGUAAUUUCUCCCAAAUUUUUGACAUUUAUCAAACAACACAGGAAUGAGCGUCAUGACAUGCCUGAUCGUUACCGGAGUUGGCUCGCUCGUGCUGGUUGUCGGGAUUUUGUGUCUGUGGACCUUCGUGUUGAAACCUGUCCAGAUUUGCGUCACGCAAGAAACGGUGGUGCACAAAACGGCUUGUUGUGGCCCUACCGGGACGGUGCUAUCCAAAAAAAGUGCACCCAUACUAGUUACUUACAACAGUUUUGUGAAGAGAGAUGAAAGAAUGGAUGCCGGCAUGAAUGCGAUUACGCCCCAAAAAACAAGGAUAAAGACAAAAACAGAAUGAAAUUUGGCAGCCACCCCGGAGGUGGGUCACCCUGCUUGCUUGAAAAGAAUUCCUGGUGUCAUGAAGAAGGAAUUUAUAAAAGUGAAUGUAUUGCGGACGCCGACGCGUAGACCAGCAGUAUUUUUUGUCCGGACGUCGAUCACGAUUUUUUAUAUUCUCGGAUUGUGAGAAGUCGCCUCGUCAGUAGUUAGUAACCGACGUAAUGGGAGCACUUUUCUCUGUGGUAAGGCGAUGCUGGCGUCAUGGACAACGUUAAAGGACUUGUCGAGUCUGGUGGAGCACUAAUCGAGAACGCGGUGUCCGACAUCGCGGGAGGUAGGGGGAGUAUUUAUCAUAGCUUCUCCACCUUGGCCGGGUGCGUGGGGGAGGCGCAAAAAGCUGGCAUCCCGUACUAUGGCCUGCUCUGAUGUUGCAUUCCGAACUCACUAUUACCUGCAUUUCGGGUCUUUUUUCUCUUUGCACAAAGUACCAAGCGACCUUUGGCUGACCCUCACUACAGUGAUGAGGAUGCGAGGCUGUGGACUCUCCAUUGUCUUUGCCGCGCAGAACAUCUACAUCACUCUCACUCGUUCUCUUCAGCUUCACAAAGAUAAGAAGGUUUAUUUGUUUGCAGAUGGAAGAGAACUGAUAUUGAAUACAGCGCCUAAAAUUUGAAAAGCGCAUCCGCGACAGGAAUGAAGUUGAGGAAGAGGAGAUGCAUGGAAGCUUGCUUUGAGUGAAUCAAUGAACUGGUCGCUGCUUGCGUAGCAGAGGCCACUUCAUCGUGAUUUUUUCGGACGACUUAGCGUCAAAAAGAAAAACAGACGUUUCUAUUGUAACGCCUGGUCUCAGCUUGUAACACCUUAGCAGGCCAUAACCACGUCAAUUAUUUCGAUCCCCAAUACAGCCCCAACAUGAAUUGCCACCUUUACAAAACGGAGGAGUGCAAAGUGGUGAACUGUAAAUCUGUCGAUGGAUCGUACUUCCAAAUGAACAAGGGUAUUGCUGCUUCAAAGGCUACUUACGACGAAAUCAGUAAUAUUUGCGCUGGCGCCCUCCUGGUUGCAGUCCCGAUUGGCGGAGCAAGCUAUCCAUGUGAAAACCUGAGUCGAUUCAACCUCGCAAUCGCAGAUGUAUCUAAGUAAUACUGUAUACGAGACGAAGGCAUACUUCAAACCCGAAUAAAGGAUGAUUAUGAUGUUGAUAUUCGGCAUCAAGACAAGAUGCAGACGCAGCCGAAAAGCAUAAUGAGCAAAACGAAGGCCAUCAAAUCAAUGCAAAGCCAAAGGCAAAGCGCAGCCAGUGCACAAAGAAGAAAUACAGACACAGCAUGAGCUAUGCAUAAGCAUGUCCAGCAUAUUGUGGCUUGUCGUUCCGAGUAUUCAAUGUGAAAGAGGAAGAAAUGAAUCUUCGAAUGAACAAACUGAUUCCCAAUGUGAAAGAGCAGCGCCUUUGCGAACAUAAUAUUUUUGAUUUUUAAUAUGGAAAUGGAUGUGGAACAAGCGUAUCUGCAUACAAGCUCAGUCCAAAGCUGCAACUUGAACUGCUUCUUCAUUAAUUACUGUUUUCAUUCAUCGGGGGUCGGGUAUCCCCCAGGCCCAGACUUUGAUUGCAAUCACAGAAGCGCGUUGUUGACUCAGGUUUUUGUGGUGAUACGUCCAGCGCCGCGGUGCCCACGAUGGACGGGAAGUCGCUGUCGCUGUCACAGGUUGCACGUUGAAUGCGGUACCUCUGCACCUUUUGUGACGAAACAUCCGUCCCGUUACUCGAAAACCGAAAAACGGACCGCAGUGCUUCUUCUAGCUAGCGUGCAACACAUAGCGAUACGUUUCCACCAAGAACCUGACAGAAAAACAAAACAGAAAGCAAAGAAGCACGAGUGGAUUCUGAGUCGAUGUUUCAUUUUCUUGAUGCGAUUAUAACCUUGUCUCCUACCCGUACCCCAAGAAAUAGAAACAUAUAGUAUUCACUCAAAUGAAAGAACGGCUUUUGUUCUCUCCACGUCCCUAUCGAUUUGCAGUCACUAGAGCUAUGCUUGAAUUUUCGCAAACGGAAACGUCUUAUUUUACAACUCAACACAGAGAUCCCCAUCCACUUUAGUUAUCGUCAACACAUACACUUUUUGUCUCUUAUUUUUCGCUUCAAAUGCAGUAAAGAUAGUUCUACUUCUACGACAGAGAAAGCUUCUGGCGCUAUGUGAUACUUUAUUUUGCGGUGAAUUGAAGCUGAAGCAUAUAGAGAAAAGGAACUCGUCUCAGACGAGAUUUCUUCCCCUAUAAUGUGAAGACCUGAUAUAAGAAAGCAGUAUAUCUAUAUUUUCAUUUGAAAUGCUCUUUCUCUCUCUCUCUUUAGUAAUUUGAAACGCAUGAUUAAUAUCUGACUGCGGCUACGACUACGCUAAUCGAGGUGUAUCGGGAAGAUUAUCAGUCUGGAGUUUCUAUUUUUUUCAAAUCGUGCUCGUGCAUCGAAAUCAGCGUCGCAUGUCCUGUAUCCGGCUCGUCCAGCAACACGUCGAUGGCCAUCUGAAACGGCAUCUAUUUUCGUGCGCUAUUGGUUAAGUAACAUCGGCCAUCCACAAACCUUGUCUGUCGGUCUCGUCGUUCGUUUUGUUUCUUCUUCCGUUUCUCGUACUACAAAAUCGUUUGAGGUAGGCAAAAGCUAGCACUUUGCUGGAAGGUGAAUAUUACAAUAUCUAAAUUCGCAUGCUCCACAGCUCCAUCCCUAGGUCUGUGCGCC